UGACUGACACUUUGCCAACAAACCUCGUUGGACGCACAGCUGUGCUCCAGUCAAACUUAGUGCCUUCCGGAGUCGGCGGUGCGUCGCGUCACUAUUUGGAUACUGACGUUGGUUGCAUUUACGUUUACCGCGAUGUCGUCUGGCAGCUGGGAACUGGUUAGCAGAAAGAAGGAUAAGAAUGAUAAAUCUAACAAGCUUACGAAGGCCGAGAAGAAGAAAUUCAUCGAGAACGCACCGAAAGUCGAGGAUUUCUUACCAUUGAGCCAAGUGAAGACGCUGUACGACAAUCUGGAUGGAAAUAAGGAAAAUAAGAAGCCAACCAAGGUACAAAAGAAGGAGCACAAGACAAAGGAAAAUGAAGAGAAGAAGAAGCAGCAGAAACAGCAGCAACAGCAAGCUCAAAAGAAGAAACAAGAGCCGAAGGAAAAAUCACCGAAAUCUAUAAAGGAUGCAUUGAAUGCUAUUAACAUACAGGAGCUCAAUGAGCUUUUGGCUACUGCUCAACUCAGGUUUCCCGAUGCUCCGUCACUCUGGCUGAAGGAGCUCGACACGUUCCUCAACAUGAAAAUCCCUAUCAACAAGGAGGAUGCCAUAUUCUCGAGCAAACCUAAGGAUUAUCCAUUGAGUUUAGUACCUAAAACCAUUUCUUCCAUAUUGGAGCGAGCAGUGGAAAUGGCGGGUCCACUGGCUGUACAAGUUUUUUACGAAAGCAACCUCACGGCAAUGGCGAACGACAUGAUUAAGGGGGUCCCAGUCAUUGGUCAUAAGAUAUUUUUGCAGCUGCUAGCACACUUGUAUCCUGAAAUGAUAGUCGCUAGUAUCCCCAAACUAGUUUCCAUAAGGAACUCUUACAAGAACAGGAAGGACGUAUGCCUGUCCCUGUUGUGGGCCUGGUCACAGGCCAGCAAGAAGAAUCUGCCGGCUGGCCUGACAAUCUGGCACAAGGUGAUGCUACCGUUACUCGACACGAAGCGCUACACAAGUUACGUCGUACAAAACCUCAACGACCUCGUAUUUGACUGCAACAACGUUUGCGAUAUCGGUCUUGAUUUGUACAUGGAUAUUAUCUGGGACAUUUACCACAGCGUCGACUCCCACAGCAUUCAGCCCGCGGUGUGGAAGGAAAUUAAUAUUAAUAUCGAUCAACUGAGAUCGCUGCUAUUUAGAAACAAGAACAUAAGUUAUACAGAAUUGUUCACUAUACUGAUGGGAAAAGUAUCGGAAGAUUCGGAUCCGGUCUACAGACAAGAGUUACUCAAGGCUCUCGUAGACUGCCUCAUCACGGAACCUGUCUGCUUCACUAUUUGGGGUUCUCUGUAUGAUGGACCCUUCUUGUACCAAUCCACUCUUCUUCUGUCGCACAUAGAUGAGAAUUUAUCCGACUUACAAGGACGCUUUAAAAGCAAGAAUUUCAAAGAAACGCUCGAAAUUAUUCAAAACAAGAACAAAAGAUGGACAAAAUCUUACAAAGAUCGCGCGCUCCAAUGCAAAGAGAGAUCGCAGGUACUAUUGGAGAAAAUGGCCUCUUCCAAACGCCGCAGCUUCCAAUGGAGAUUUGCUAGUUUCCUUCUGCUGCUGCUUAUUGGUAUCAUCGUAGCGUAUGAUACACAGAAACAUGGCUCCUUUGAGGCAUCCAAAGUCGGGAGGUUCUUGAAAACUAGCGGAAUAGCGAGAUACGUUGAAAAGACGGGGGCUGUCAUAAAGUCGUACUGGUCUGCAGGACACAAAGCAAUUAAGGACAGCUCACCAGAAUAUUACAAAAUCGUCGUGGACGUGUGUACGCCAUACGUCAAAUUAGCCGGUGAUGUCUGUCUUAUAAUGAAAAAUGUCUCAAUCAAACUGUAUAACAACUCUGCGGAGUACGUCGAAAAGAACGUACCGGUAGUUCUAGAUACGAUCGAGCAUUAUGCUCCAGGAGCAAUGGAGCAGAUUAAAUCACAUAGUCUGCAGGGACUAGAGUUUACAAAAAGUUCUCUCAUCCUUAUCGGGAACAAAGUUGUUGAACAUUCCAGUGCAGCGGUACAAUGGAUGGAGCAGAAUGUCUUUGUGGGUAAACUUAGCCCAGAUAAUCUUCGCAAUUACGCCAUAUGGGCCUUCGACGUGACGCAAUCGUACGCAACUCAAACGUACGAUUGGGUGUAUGAGAAAAUGCAGACUCUCUCCAAAGUGCCAUGAAUAAAGUCCAUCGGUGUGUGCUCUACAAAGAUUAUCGCAUUUUGGUAACAAAAACCACCUUUCCAUGCGUCUCGGCAUUUAUUAUUUGUGACACGAAGAAAGUCGGUGCAUCAUGCGGAUACAUACUUUCAAAGAUCACGAAUGCGUCGACCAUUUUACCUGUGAUAUCUCGCAAGGAGAAUCUGUGUAUCUUGCUUUUUGGUUGGUCUUGACGAGGGAAACUUCGUGAUCUUCCACGAGUAAUCGCGAGUAUUUUUUUUAUUCAGACAAAUAUUCAUCAUUUUUGAAAUCCCUGUUAAUAAAUAGUAUAUCUAUAUUGAUAGAUUUAUCUGUACACAAAGUGUCGAUUGCGUACUCGAGCAUUUUGUAUUUUCAUUUGUAAUUUUGAGUAUUGAUUUGAAUAUAAUAUAUUAGAUCGUAUAUUGAGUAAUCCAAUAAAGCUAUCAAUUUUCGUAUAA